AUCCGUGCCCGCUCUCGUGUCCCUUUCCUCAGCCCUGUCCCUCCCRCCAUGCCCAACAUCGUGCUCUUCAGCGGCAGCUCCCACCAGGACCUGUCGCAGCGCGUGGCCGACCGCCUGGGGCUGGAGCUGGGCAAAGUGGUCACCAAGAAGUUCAGCAACCAGGAGACCAGUGUAGAGAUUGGUGAAAGUGUGAGAGGAGAAGAUGUGUACAUCAUCCAGAGUGGCUGUGGAGAGAUUAAUGACAAUUUAAUGGAACUACUCAUCAUGAUCAAUGCCUGCAAGAUUGCAUCAUCCUCCAGAGUGACUGCAGUAAUUCCGUGUUUUCCAUAUGCCAGGCAAGAUAAGAAAGACAAGAAGGGAGCCGUGGAGCGUUGGAGUCGUGCUCCAAUCUCUGCAAAACUUGUUGCCAACAUGCUGUCAGUUGCAGGAGCUGACCAUAUCAUCACUAUGGACUUGCACGCUUCUCAGAUACAGGGUUUCUUUGACAUUCCAGUAGAUAACCUGUAUGCAGAGCCUGCAGUGCUACAGUGGAUAAAGGAGAACAUUGCGGAGUGGAGAAAUUGUAUCAUAGUCUCACCUGAUGCAGGUGGUGCAAAAAGGGUUACUUCGAUUGCUGACAGACUAAAUGUGGAAUUUGCUCUCAUUCAUAAGGAGAGGAAGAAAGCAAAUGAAGUAGACAGAAUGGUCUUGGUUGGUGAUGUGAAAGACAGAGUGGCUAUUCUUGUUGAUGAUAUGGCUGACACAUGUGGCACGAUAUGUCAUGCAGCAGACAAGUUAGUGUCUGCUGGAGCCACUAAAGUUUAUGCUAUUCUGACUCAUGGGAUCUUUUCUGGUCCUGCUAUUUCUCGAAUUAAUAAUGCAGCAUUUGAGGCUGUUGUGGUAACAAAUACAAUCCCUCAAGAAGAGAAAAUGAAACACUGCCCUAAAAUUCAGUUUAUUGACAUUUCUAUGAUCCUGGCCGAGGCAAUUCGAAGAACACACAAUGGUGAAUCAGUGUCUUACCUGUUCAGUCAUGUUCCUUUAUAACCACCAGAGGCUGUGUUGAGUCUUUGGGAGGGCUGCGUUGAGGAGCCCUGUUCUUAACACUGCAUCUCAACCACAGAGAUGAAUAUCUGGGUAGGAGCCCAGAGCUUGUAUGUUUAAUUAUUAUAUUUGUCUCCUAAUUGCAUUUUUCCCCUUGUAAAAUGUCAAUAAAUCUCUACCCUGCAGAUACCUUUUGUGAAUUUCCUUGAGAGUUUGAGAUUUUACUUGCUGCUAAGUUCUUGUGUAUGCUCAUGCUCUCUUUCUACUAAACUGCUGCUUUAAAUCUGUUUUCUAUACAGAGGAUACUAAAGAAGUUAAUAGAACUUAAUUGGUUUUAUGGGAUUGUUUUUCUGA